UGAUCCCAGCAUGGUUAUCAUGGCUUCAUUCUCUAGCCCAGGCGUGGUCUGAUGGUCGGCAGGAUGUCCAAGGAACCCAUAUUCGAGAAGCCCAGAGUCGGGCCAGCCUGGUCCUUGCGGACGGAGACCACCAAGGACGCAAGCCUCUUGCGCAAUAUCGCCAACGCCCUUGCGAGCAUUGUCCUGGGCCUUAUUUUCUUCCAUGUCGUAUGGAAUCCGCUGAAUCGCGGUGGCCAUGAGUUUGUUGACAACAACUAUGGAGUUCCCCAGACGGCCCACAGCGGAAAUGGGGACUGGGCCAACAUCGCACCGAGCCGAAAGCUCGAAUGGCAUGCAUGCUUCGAAGGAGAGUUCGACUGUGCCCGGCUUGACCUUCCGAUGGACUGGCUCGACCCGUCCGAUGACUUGCGCAUCAUCCUCGCAGUCAUUCGUUUGCGCGCAGACCCAGAUGCACCUGGGGAGUACCUUGGCCCAGUGUUCUUCAAUCCUGGGGGGCCUGGUGGCUCGGGUGUCUGGUCUAUUCGUGACCAUGGCCACCUGAUCCAGUCCAUCGUUGGUCGCAACCACGACAUCGUCACCUUUGAUCCGCGAGGAGUCGGGGCCUCUCUGCCGCGCAUCGACUGCUGGCGGCAUGACCAGAAGAGACGCCUCUGGGACUUGCAAGACGUCGGAGUUCCUGGGGCCCAUUCCGGCAUUGUCAACGAUGCGUACGUGAGAGCCCUGGCCAUCUCAGCUGUGUGUGAGCAGUCGAUGCAGGAGACGCGCCUUCUCGAGCACAUCGGCACGGCCUCUCACGCACGGGACAUGCUGGAGAUACUUGAUCAGAUGGGCUAUGACAAGCUCAGGUACUGGGGCUUCUCGUACGGGACCGUGCUCGGAGGCUACUUCGCCUCCAUGUAUCCAGACAGGGUCGAGAGACUGGUCAGCGACGGAAAUGUUGACUACCAGGAGUGGGCCGAGGACAAGCACAUCAACUUCCUCCGUGAUACCGACAAAGUCAUGGAGGCCUUUUACUUUUACUGUCACCAAGCGGGACCCAUCCCUUGCGCAUUCUAUGCAGAGUCGCCAGAAGCCAUCGCACAACGUCUCGCUCAGCUCCUGCAAACACUCCGGUAUAGACCGAUCAUCGUCGAUGCUGAUCCAGAGCGAGGGCCCGAUAUGCCUCAGCUCGUCACCUGGUCGCACCUGAAGCGCUUCAUCACCAGGACCAUGUAUCAGCCUCUGUUGAUGUUCCCAGUCUUUGCGAGGAUACUCGCGGACCUCGAACGCGGAAACGGGCGUUCUUUCUAUGACACGGUGCUGGCCGACGACCCGGAGUCUUCAUUCUGCUCCAUUGAUGCGCUCCCUCCUACAUUACCCCGACUGGAGGAAGACAAUGGCGAAGCGUAUCCAGCCAUCGCGUGCGCGGACGGCCUGCCCAACAACGACACCCUGGAAGAGUUUGUCGAUAUUGUCGAGCAGUACAAGACCAUCAGCUCCAUCGCGGGCGAGGUCAACGCAGUCUUCCGCCUGGUCUGCGUGGGCAGGAAAGUUCGGCCCAGGUGGCGGUUCAGUGGUCCUUUCGGGGGCACCACAGCCCACCCGAUCCUGUACGUCGCCAACAUUGCCGACAACAUUACGCCCCUGGUAAGCGCCAGGAACAACUCGGAGCUUUUCCCUGGGUCAGUGGUCUUGACACAGAACUCUUAUGGCCAUACCACGCUAUCUGCGCCUUCCGCCUGCACGGCUGCUCACAUCCGCGCAUACUUUCAGAACGGGACACUCCCAGCGGACGGGGAAGCUUGUGAGCCAGACUACCAUCCGUUCGAAGACAUCCCGUUGGUGGAUCCUGCGUCACAGCGUGGACGGAUGUACCGUGAUGCUCGGGAAGAGCUGUCAGCGGCGAGCCUGGGACUGUGCAGAUCGCAGUGGCUGCCGAAGCGACAGGGCCUUGCGUGAGGGGUGGGAUGAUACUUAUUGGCGUCAGCAUUGUUCCUGUCCUAGAUAGAUAAGACGGCUGCUGCAAGACUCCAGAAGCUGAACGAUG